GUAUAAAAGAGUUAGCGCCAAGAGAAACAACUUUUUGAAGGCAUUGCGGCUGGAGUUUGAAACUUUUGGUAAGAAAUUUGAAACAAUUUCUUUACAAGGUUUUAGGCUUUCACCGCUUUGACUUCUGCUACAAUGUGUCCGUGUCGCAACAAGUAUUUUCCUUGCAUUUGGAUUAUGUCUGUGUGCUUGAAAUUGGCGGUGGGGUCAGGGUUCAUGGCCAGUCCAACUGGAGUGUUGGCUCAAACUCAAACUGUCAAGAACGAUUUGCAACCGACGGAUAAAUCUAUGAUCAUGCCUACAGAUAAAUUUAUGAUUGUGCCUACAGAUCGAUCUUUGCUAAUACCGACCGAUAAAUCUAUAGUUGUUGACUUGAAUUCUAAUUUUAGUGAAGCUGGAAAUAGCAUCAUGAUAGACGAGUGUCGAGUUUUCGAUUGCAAAAGACUGAAUCUUUCCCACGAGGAAAAGUAUACACAAGAAAACGCUUCAUCUGGAAAUGCUCAAACUCUGUCAGAAAUGGCUCGAAUCUCAGGAACCUCAAAGACAGCUAACACGGUCAAGGUCACAAAGAGUCAUGACAACGACAAAGGAACGAAGCAGCAAGGGAGCAAACUCAAUACGGCUUUCUUGCACACGACCAGGGUUAAAGGUCGUCCUAGUACGGGCAACAGGAAUGAGAGCAAACUUUUUGGCGCCAGAAAAUCAAAAACUAUAUUUAAUUACCGUGACUUCCUCCUUGAUGAUUACCAAUCGAGUAAAUCUAGUGGUAAUUUGGAUGCUCUGGAGAUUUGCAGAAAUGACCCUGGACUAAUUUCAGCCCACCCGGACAACUGCGCCUGGUACAUCAACUGUACGUCCGUCCCUGACGCCGCCAUGAUGACCUACUUUAAUGGCUACGUGAGUGAAUGCCCUUACCCUCAGCUCUUCUCCCAUGUAACUCUUCAGUGCGAAGAUUUUAAUAAUGUCCAAUGUCUGGAGCGUUUCGAACCCAAAUCACCGUGUGAAUACAGAGUCAACAAAUGUCACGAGUCCUCACAUUGUGUUCCCUGCUGGGUGCGCUAUGCCAGUUGCCGGGGUCUCAACGAAGGAUUGAAUCCGUGGGAAGGCAUGGAGUGGGAGCCUUUUUUUGUGGAGUGCCACAAGGAGAGGACGGUAUUUCAAGGCAUGUGUGACUCUAGCGCCGUGUUCUCGCCCACAACGAGAGCGUGCGAGACUCCCAUGAGCAUUCCCAGCAAACAUGGCGGCUGGAAACCCGGAUGUCUCGGAAGACGCGAUGGCUUCUAUCCGGACGAGCAGGGCCGUUGUGACCUGUACUACAAGUGCAAAAAUCAAAUGUUCAGGGGCUUCCAUAGCUGCCCCAACGGAUUUAAGUUCAGCCCUUUCACCUCGAGCUGUGAUGAUGUCAAGCGCGUGCCAUUUCCUUGCGGAGACAACAAUGACGACAUGAACGUCUGCAGCGGAAAGGAUGACGGGAAAUACCUGGACAUCUUUGGCCGGUGCACUCACUACUUUGAGUGCCGGAACGAAAGCAUGGCCGGAUUUCACGUUUGCGCCAAGGGAGUGUUCAACGUGGAUAAAGGCCAAUGCGACCCGGCAGAGUCCGUCAGAAAGGACAUUGCGAUGCCCUGCGGCGACAUGGACAACACAUGCCUGCACAGAUCCGAUGGCGUUUAUUUCGACCGAAACGGUAGCAAUCAGACUUGUGCUACAUUUGUGGUAUGCGAGAGAGGUUUGACCAUUUCUAGCAGACGAUCUUGUAGUGGGGAUAUUUUAUGAUAAACUCUCUUGUAUCAUAGACACUAUUAUGAUAACCCCCCCUGGUAUCAUUUCUCCUCUCGCGUGAUCAUUUUGUUUCUGCAGUCAGGGCCGGCUUUAGAUAACGGGAGGCACUAUGCAAAGUGAAUUUGGCGGCCCCCAAAUGAAUGAAAUAGAAAAAUAGAAUUUAAAAUAAAACCUGCGAAAAAUAAAAUUAUGCGAUUUAUUUAAAACCUAGUGUACUCCAACAAGUUUUGCGAGUCCCCACCAAUCGGAGGCACUAGGGGCUGCGUAGUUUGUACUUUCAUCCGGCUCUGCUGCAGUUGGGAACUGAACUGACAUGGUAGACAUAUUGAUGCUCAAGACUUGAAGAAUUCAAUAUCAAUCUUAACCAAAAGCUUCAUUACUAUUUUAUUUAAUAUAUAUACCAUAAAUACUUAAAGAUAAAAAGAAUAGAAGAAGAUUAUUUUUUUUUUAAAUCUUAAGUCCAUGUAGGUAAAUGGAUUUAAUUAUUAGAACCUAAAACUUUUGUUUACUCGAGAUGUUCAUCUAUGACAGAAAAACUAUAAAUAGCAAGCUUUUUGGGUGUCUCCGGUGUAGAGCAUUAAGGAAGUGGUGAUUAUAUAUAGGCUAUGUUUUCUUUUUUGAGUAUAUAAUAAUUUUUAGUACUUGUUUGUUAGCACUGCAAAUGGACCUCAUUCACCAAUCGUAAACAAACAACAUUUAGCCACGUGAUAAUAUUGAUAAACCAAUGAAAAUUACGGUAUCACGUGACAGCCUUUAUGGAUUGCGUAAUUUGUAUAGAAGAGAUAGAGAACCGCGUGGCAAAAUGUUGUUUGUUUACGAUUGGUGAAUGAGGUCCAUUGUAAUUUUUCCUUUUCUAGUUCAUUUUUUUUCAACUUUUUAGUUGGCAACAUAGCGUCCUUGACAUUGUUAAGUUUAAUGGGAAAAUUCCCAAAGAGAUGACUCGCUUAUCUCGCCCUGUUUUAAAAUGAUCACUUUCAUGACCACUCUCGGCAAUGACAACAUUACAUAAACAUCGUGAUAAAUCACCUUUUCGUUUAGAGUGCAUGAAAUAUAAUUACUGUCCACAAGAAACAGACUGAUAACUACAAUAAAUAAAUACUUUUUAGAAGCCUGACGAUGACGUAUGUGUGUCUUAGCUACGUUUACAUACACAGAAAGAUUAUGUUCUCUUAUUCAGGAUAAUGUUAGCAUUUGUCUCCUUCUGUCAAGACAGACAACAGAUGCGCCCAGACGAAUCACUGGUUUUGGUUUCUUCUCGAGUCCGGACAGAAUCUGGCGUGACUAAACAAAGCCAAUUCCUACCCCGCAAAGUUUGUCACAGCUUGUGUGCCCCUGUUCUAGGGCGAUCUUAUUAUAGCGCAGCUUUCUUUCUGAUUCUCUUUGUCGCUUUCUUUUUAUCUCGGCGAGGUUCGUACCCGCACGCACAGUCUGUCUCCAUGCUGUCAUGGAUGCCUGUAGUCCUCAGAUCUCGCUUGCAGACAUCUCUCUAGGUUAGUCUUGGGCGUCCUUUAAGUCUUGCUGCCUCCUCAAAGCCUAGCAUGGAGAAUUUCUUUAGGAAUGCUUCCCUCUGGCAAAAGAUGACAUGUCCGAGGAGACCAAGUCCCUGCAUCGGAGUUAUCCAUCACAUAAUGUGUAGAGUAUUCUCCCUCAGAAUUAAGUCUAUUUCUGACAUUUGUAUACAUUGGAAAAAAAAAUUGGUUUCCAUGGGUGAUUGUUAUUUCACUAUUGAAAGACGCUGUACAAGAGGGGAGACAAACCGAGACUAGGCUAAUUACUAUUGCAUGAUGAAUAGAAGGGUUAGUUCCCUUCACAACACAUUUAAAUAUGGCCAGGAAAAAGUGCAACUGUUCAUUUGUUUUUAAUAUUUUUUUUUUAAAUUAUUAUUUCUUCAUUUUACUGAAUAUUUUGAUCUUUCCAUGUGGAUUGCAGUCCAACCAUGCAUUUCAUGUUUAAUAAUGUUGUUAAUGUUUGCCUGUCUCAAAUAAUUAAUUGCAAGAUAAUUGAUUAAAAAAUGAUUAUCUUGUACUCAAUUAUGAAUCUCCUGUUAGUUAUUUCUAAAAGGAAUGUUAUCUAUCCAAUUUGUUUUUAUAAAAAAUGAAACCUAAAGAUGUAUUCAUUUUGUGAUUAGAUCUCAAAAUAAAAGCACUAUUGAAACUCUAAUUGUAUUGCUUAUGAAUUAGGCUUACUUUUUUAUUAUAAGUGAAGUUUUUUUUUUUUAAAUUAAAGUUUACAAUUACAUAAAAUAAUGUUUAUUGUAUGCACACCUUUUAUUUAAAGUAAAAAAACAGUACCGUCUAAAUAUACAUUUGUGUGCCAAUUAAUUAACCCACUAGGAUGGCCUACGAGUUUGUGUAUAACAUUUUUCUUUAUUUUGUUUAAAUUUUACAAAUAUGUAAUGUUAGUGUUACUGAUAUUAGUAAGAUUUUCCUAUUAAGAUGUUUUCCCAUUGAGAUCA